GAGGAACACACCCCUGGAAGACGUUCUUUUCCCCCCUCAAAAUUCUAUCUUUAUAGUUUUAUAAUUCAAAAAAAAAAAGCUUAGAUAUGAGGAUUCUUUUCUUCAACAGAACAACUCCCUUGGUACAACCAAAAAGACCAGUGUUUACUUUUCAUUAAAAGGUUGGAGCCCACUUUGCAUACCAGCAGAUGAAGAAUUUAAGGAGGAUGUCUAUCUUUAUUCUCUUUAGCAGCUGAGCGUCUGCUCUGGGAACCAUCAGGCACCAUGGGAAAGCGGGACAAUAGGGUGGCCUAUAUGAAUCCUAUAGCAAUGGCCAGAUGGAGGGGUCAAUCACAAUCUGCAGGCCCAACAAUACAAGAUUAUCUGAAUCGACCAAGGCCCACCUGGGAAGAAGUGAAGAAACAAUUAGAAAAUAAAAAGAAAGGCUCCAAGGCAUUAGCUGAAUUUGAAGAAAAAAUGAAUGAGAAUUGGAAGAAGGAACUAGAAAAAAGCAGAGAGAAAUUAUUAAGUGGAAAUGAGAGCUCAUCCAAAAAAAGAGAAAGAAAGAAAAAGAAAAAGAAGAAAUCUUGUCGGUCUUCAUCUUCUUCUACAUCAAGCUCUGAUUCUUCAAGCAGUUCUUCAGAUUCUGAGGAUGAGGAAAAGAAACAAGGAAAAAGGAGAAAGAAAAAGAAGAACCGUUCAUACAAAUCAUCAGAAAGCUCUACAUGUGAAUCUGAAUCAGAGAGCAAGGAAUCUGUAAAAAAGAGAAAGAAGUCAAAGGAUGAAACAGAGAAAGAAAAGUGUGUCAGAAGUCUCAGCAAAAAAAGAAAGAAGACUUGUCCUGAGGAUAAACCUUUAUCAUCGGAGUCCUCAUCAGAAUCAGAUUAUGAAGAGGAGGUGCAAGCAAAAAAGAAGAGAAGACGUGAAGAGAGAGAAAAAGCAACGGAAAAAGCAAAGAAGAAGAAGAAGAAACAGCACAAGAAACAUAGUAAGAAGAAGAAAAAGAAGUCAGGUUCAAGUCACAAGUCCGGAUAAAAUCAAGAAAAAAAGCAAGAUUCCGCUAACGAAAAAAGCAAGGUCUAAAGGAAACCUCAACUGUGAAUGUUAGGGCAUAUUUACCAAAAUGCAUGAGUUUCCCUGUUAGUAGAAUUAUUGCUGUACUUUGAGUUGCCAGUCAAAUGCUACUGUGCCAGAAAGGGCCAUAAUUGUUGCCUGCAGCUUAAAUGUAGGAUUUUAUUUUGUUUGUAUGUUUUUCCUUCUGCUGGCUAAUUCCUCUGAGAGCUAAAACUGUGUUGUCAUACUAGUGGUUAAAAUGUUUGGAAUUAAAGUAAAAUGUUUUAUAUGAUGAAUAAUUUUGACCAAACAAUGUAUCCAGUGUUAAAAGCAUCUAAUUUGGAUACAUCUUUAAAAUAUAAUCAGAAAUAUCCAGGUGACAGUAGUUGACAUUUUUGAAGCAUGGACUUAACAUUAAUGUCUCAAAAUACUUACUUUUGAAGAUUAAAAAUUUAGUUCAUUUUCCUUUUCUCCUUAAUAAACUUUUGUUUACAUGGGGAAAGGGCUUGUGGGGGGGAAAAGUUUGCUAUCACUUUGACGAGCUGAAUAGUGUGCCUUUGAUCCUUACACAUCCUAUUUUUGCCAGUGCAGCUGACAUUCUUUUCUUACUUAGUAAUGUAUGCUGCUUCACAUGAACAAGAAAAACAGCAAUUUACAAUAUAUGUAAGCCACCAAUUUUAUGAAAUGUACCUCCACUUCGACAGUACUAAAUAAUAUUUAGUGUUAGAGCGUUACAUGAUUUGAAUUAACUUUGAUACCCUUUGGAGGGGAAUCAUUUUAAAUAGACCCUGGUAUUUUUUGAUUAAUAAAGAUUCUGAAAUA